AUGGAGCAAGGGCACAGCCACACUGAAAGCCUCAGGUCCAGGCCUGUUGAGGCAAGCCAGCUCUCUAACCCAGAAGUCCCACUGACAGUAAUUUGCCCCCAGGUGAAGAGCAAACCCUGCCAUAGGGGCCGGAGAGCAGCAGGCCUGCUGCUGUUGCUGACACUGGUCACUGCAGGGGCCGUGGCAGGAGGGCUUCUUGGCUUCAUGUACAGCCCUCCUAAGACAUUGCUGCAGACGCUCCGAAAGACCUCAAGCUCCAGGGUACCCUGGCCCAACCAAACCACUCUAGUGGACGUGGCCCAGAAUAUGGCAACUAUCAUGGUGACUCCGCUUCAGAGCAACCACAGCUGGGCCAUACUGUUCGAUGGACAAAGUGGCUACAUCUGUUACAGACCUGCAGAGCACCAGGCCUGCUUCCUCCGUCUGAUGGAAGCUCAAGAUCGGGAGACCUUACGGCUGUUGGUGAACACUUCCAGGGUCCAAGGGUCCCAUGUACCUGGCCAAGACACCCACUAUGCCCAGGAGCUGCUGGCAGUUUUGGGGGGACAUACUGUGGACCCUGCCCAAGUAGGAGCUUCGGUGAAACACCUUUGCAUGGACACUCCCAUUUACUGGGCCCAACGAGCAGAGGGUCCCCAGAGACAGCGGCUGAUCUACCUCUGCAUUGACAUCUGCUUCCCGAGCAACAUCUGUGUGUCUGUCUGCUUUUAUUACCUUCCAGACUAAGUCCCCUACUGACCUGCCUUUGGUCCCACAGGCCAGUCCUGUUCCCACAGGUCAGCAAUGCUGGUCAGGUCACCAGCACCACCAAAGGGCAGCUGACAAUAGGGACAAAUAAACCCAGAUUACCUGGC